AAGGAGAAAGAACAGAAGAAGAUUGCGGUAGCACCAAAUCAAACGCAUCAAACUGACAAUAACCCAAAAUCGAUUCAACCGUAAUCCCAAAGUAAUCAUGAAAUCCUUUCAUUAAUCAACUCUUAAACUCCACUUUCCCCACCAAAUGAACGUACAAAAAAAAAGAAUUUAUUUUAUAUUUCCAUAACUUUCUUCUUCUUCUUCUGUCUGGCGCAUGAGCUUCGGGAGAGAGGGAAAAGAUGAAGGUUUCGGCAUUGCAGCAGAGCUACCUCAACCGUCGAAGCUACAGCUUCAGAUCAUCAGGACCGUUGGAUUCAUCUUCCGACAGCGCCGUUAAAUCUCCAGCUGCGAUCUUCUGGCUUGUCCUCCACGGUCUCUGUUGUUUAAUCAGCUUAGUCCUCGGCUUCCGCUUUUCUCGCUUGGUGUUCUUCUUUUUGUUCUCCACUUCUUCCACUAACUUCUACGCGUCGCCCUUUCGUUCCACUGCCGAACUCGCCAAUGCCUUUGAUGUCCACUCCGUUCUGUCCACCAACUCCAUUACCAACAUCGAGUUGCCGUUGCUUAACAAGACGGUGGCGAAUUCGCGAGUUGUUGUAGGGCGGCACGGGAUCCGGAUCAGGCCGUGGCCGCACCCUAACCCGACUGAGGUCAUUAAGGCGCACCGGAUCAUAGAAAGAGUUCAAAAGGAGCAGAGAUUACAAUUCGGUGUGACGGAUGCCAGAACAGUUAUUGUCAUCACGCCGACAUAUGCACGGACUUUCCAAGCGCUGCAUUUGACCGGUGUAAUGCACUCGCUAAUGCUGGUUCCGUACGAUCUGGUUUGGAUCGUGGUGGAAGCCGGUGGGGUCAGCAAUGAAACGGCGUCGCUUAUUGGGAAAUCCGGUUUGAAAACUAUCCACGUUGGAUUCAAUCAACGGAUGCCAAAUUCUUGGGACGAACGAAAUAAAUUGGAGUCCAAAAUGCGCAUUUUUGCUUUAAGAAUUGUAAGAGAGAAGAAAUUGGAUGGAAUUGUUAUGUUUGCUGAUGAUAGUAAUAUGCAUAGCAUGGAACUUUUUGAUGAGAUCCAAAAUGUGAAAUGGUUCGGGGCAUUUUCAGUUGGAAUCCUUGCUAAUUCGAUUAAUACUGAUGAGACAGCGGAUCAGAAGGAGGAAGAGGAGACUUCUAGAAUGCCGGUUCAAGGUCCAGCUUGUGACUCAUCUAAUAUGUUGGCAGGAUGGCAUACUUUUAAUACAUUGCCCUUUGCUGGGAAAAUUGCUGUUUAUAUUGAUGAUAGAGUGACUGUGCUGCCUAGGAAGUUGGAAUGGUCGGGUUUUGUUUUGAAUUCUAGGUUGCUUUGGAAAGAUGGUGGAGAUAAGCCGGAAUGGAUUAAGGAUAUUGAUAUGUUGGCUGGGGAUAUUGAGAGUCCGUUGGGUUUGGUUAAAGACCCUUCGGUGGUGGAGCCACUUGGAAACUGUGGACGUCAAGUUUUGCUCUGGUGGCUUCGAGUUGAAGCUCGUGCUGAUAGCAAAUUUCCUCCCAGAUGGAUAAUUGACCCACCUUUGGAAAUCACCGUCCCAUCAAAACGCACUCCAUGGCCAGAUGCUCCCCCUGAACUCCCUGCUAAUGAAAUACCAGUGAUGGGCAUCGAAGAGCCCAUAGUGAAGCAUUCUACAAAGACACGAACAUCCAGAUCAAAACGUCGAAGUUAAAAGAAGGCAUGAAACAAGAACAGACUCACAGGUUUAGACAAGGCAUUCUGAACAAAACUAAAAUCAUUAGCUGGCAAUCUAUGCCUUGAGGAUUUGACACUGCUGCGCCAAGAAAUUUGCUUGACAAGGGGGGAAUGCAGAUGGUCUUAUAAUGUGUUGGUACAUAAGGAUAGGCAUGUCUCACAGCAGGGAAGUUUAUACAUGCAUAUCUGUUUUGAGUUCCUCCUGAGUUUCAACUAUUAUAUAUAUAUUUUACAUUUCUUUUUGUCCCAUCUAUAGUUUGUUGGGGUGAUUGGUAUUCUGUUUCAUUGGCAGUUAGCUCAUCAGCUGAAAUACACACAUCAGAUUGACCUAUCACCGGUCUUACAUCCUUUUAAU